UGUAUUAUCUAUGGUCGUACUUCAAAGAGUAAAUCAACCUAAAAAAUUAUUUAAAAAUGCAAUUUUUGUUUUAAAUUCAUGUUGAGCUGCUUAAAUAGUGCAUAGUUGGUUGAAAUAAGACGAAAAUGUCCUCUACAAGUGCUUUGGAGUGUAAUGAAGAUCUGGAAAACGUAACUUUAGUGAGAAUGGAGGAUGUACAGCCAGAUAGAAGUUCAGAUGUUUACGUCCUCGAUACGUCUCCGUAUGUAAACAGUGUUAUCGAUCACGACUAUAGCUGCGUAUUUAAUGACGAAGACUCCAAUAUAGGGAGUAUGGUGUUGAUACAAUCCGAGGAGGUUGAAGACUUCAUUGAGAGUCAGGAUGAAUGCAAGACAUCUGAAUUUGUGGUUUCAAAUCCAGACAGUUGGCCAACAUUAGAAAUAUUGCCAGGCGGUGUGAUAAAACAUUCAGAGACAUUCACCACUUCCUUCAAAAGUUCCUUACACCAAAACAAAAUCAAAGAAAAGGACAUGAUGUAUGCAUGCGCAAAGUGCUCACAGAGGUUCAAGUUUCUAUACAACUUGGUCAAGCAUGUGAAAUUGCAUGAGACAGAGAGGAAGAAGCUUUUGUCAAACAAACAGAAAGUAGAAGCAAAAGCUGUCAAAUCUGGAAAACUGAAAAAAAAGAAAAGGGAAAGAAGAAAAUAUUUAAAAUGCAAGCAAAUGAAAGAUAUGGUAGAAAAGAAAAUAUAGUUUUAAGCACAAAUAAUAAUUUAUGUGUUCCAUUUAGGUAAAACCAAAAAAAAAGGUUUUAUUAGAAUUAUAAUGAACUACAUGAUGCCCACGACUUUGUCCGCAUGGAUUUAGAUUUUGUAAAAUCUCAAGUGACCUCUGAUUUUCUGGGAUAAAAAGUAGCCCAAUAUACGGGAUGUAAACUAUCUGUGCACCUAUUUGCCCACCACGCCAUUUCCCUGGAUUUACGUUUUUUUAAUUCUGUGGGAACUCUGAUUUUCCAGGCCAAAAAGUAGCUUAAAUGACCAUCCCUGGGAUGUAAACUAUAUGAAACACGCUUUCGUAAUUACUGUUACACAUUUUCGCCAAGACCAUAGUAAUCGGAAUAAAGAAGUUUUGAAGUUUACAAGUGCUUUUGAAUGAGUCAAAAUAAUCUACCACUGGCAUUCCUAACCAGUGGUAGAUUAUUUUGAGGAUUCAAAAGCACUUGUAAAAGUUUAAUUAAAUAAAAAUAAUUUGAAUUUGAAUUUGGGAGCACUUUCCAAUUAUUUAUUAUUUGUUAAAAAUAUUUCAUUAUGAUGCAUUGAAUCUAUAGAGCUUCAGUUUCAUUACCAUCAAUAUUAGAUUAAAUAGUUUGAUCAACAUUUAUAUAUUUACUUACAUAUAUCAAAGAGAAAGCUGACUGACUGACUGAUCUAUUAAUGCACAGCUCAAACUACUGGCGGAUCAGGCAAAAAUUUAGAUACUAUUAUGACAUAGACAUUCACUAAGAAAGGGUUUUGAAAAAUUCAAGCCCUAAGGGGGUAAAAAGGGAUUAGAAAUUUAUUUACUCCACGCGGACAAAGAAGCGGGC